AUGACGAACGAGCAGCUCUCAAGCUUCGAGGAGCUGAAAAGCACUGUGGUGAAGAGCUUGGAGACCUCCGGGCUGCUUUCGCAGAUCAGGGCGCAGCUGCGUGCAAAUGUCUUCAAGGCAAUUGAAAGCUCUCAAGGCGUGAGUGGAACUCAGGCGAAGGAGCUGAGUGACAGAAGCCCCUUUACGUUGCUCUCAAUGGAGCUCGUGGCUGAGUUUUUCCAGUUUCAUGGCCUUCAUCACUCCCUGUCUGUCUUCCGGUGUGAGGCACAGCUAACAACGUCGUGUACAGAAGCCCCGACUUCUCUUCGGAGGCGCAGUGAGCUGAUUGCGGAGAUGGACCUCGAGCAUUCGGAAGCUGAAAACUGCUCCGUGCUCGAGCACCUGGUAGAAGCCCGGAGGGUGGAUGUGCCACAUCGAUCCGUCUCGGAACCAGAGAAGGAAGAGCCGAAGGUUCAGGUCCAAGCUCCGACUCAAAAAGAGCUGGCGCCGCCCAAGAAGCACAGGUCUGAUACUUGGGCAACUCCGGCAAGCCACAGCAGAGAAGGCGAGAGAAGAGCAGAGCGGCUGCACCGACGGCUCUCGGACCCUCUCGGCGGCACCGAUGCACUUCAAAGCCUGUCUCAGCAGAUGGCUCCAGGCUCUUUGACGUCUCCGGUGGGCCUCACGGCAUGGGGUCCAGGGAGAGGACGUGACAUAGGCAUGCUGACAACCAGCCCAUUGGGACAGAGACAGCGGCUGCCGCCCCUGAGCGGCGAGAGUGCGCCGUCCAUGGCGCCACCUGCGCGCCUGACCGCGGUGUUGGCUCCUUCCAGUCCCAACCUGUCGCCGGCAAACUCCUCCGUCGGUACCGUCAAGGAGGGGGCAUCGCUGGAGCCGUCGGAUGCUUCCGCUUCCGGGGUCUCCACAGUGCUGCCCCACGCGUCGCCCGCGACAUCACCAGGUGAUAGUGCUGGGACGCUUUCGUCGCAACAGUACGACUAUCUGGAUGGCGUGUCUGCGUGA